GGGCGUCCGCGGUGGGCUGGUGGUUUGGGCGCGUCGCCGUGCGGCGACGGCUCUGAGGGGAAGAUGUCGGGCCGCGAGGCCCCCGAUGGCAAGAAGUUGGUGCGCUCGCCCAGCGGGCUUCGGAUGGUGCCCGAGAGCCGGGCCGCGCGGAGCCCCUUCGGGCUGGAGGAGCCUCCGUGGGUGCCCGAUAAGGAGUGUCCCAGAUGCAUGCAGUGCAACACUAAGUUUGACUUCAUCACUAGAAAGCACCACUGUAGGAGAUGUGGGAAGUGUUUUUGUGACAAAUGCUGCAGCAAGAAAGUGCCUCUGCCUCGCAUGUGCUUUGUUGACCCUGUGCGCCAGUGCGCUGAAUGUGCUUUCAUUUCUCAAAAGGAAACAGAGUUCUAUGACAAGCAGCUCAAAGUACUUAUGAAUGGUGCUACAUUCUUUGUAACUCCUGGGACCUCAGAAAAGGCAGAGAUGAUGGUUUGUCGACUUUCCAACAACCAGAGGUACCUUUUUCUUGAUGGAGAAAGCCAUUAUGAAAUAGAAAUUGCACAGAUUUCAUCGGUCCAGAUGCUCACAGAGGGAUUUACUCCAGGAGAAAAAGACAUUCAUACUUACACCAGCCUCUUGGAAAACGAGCACAUUACAGAAGGAGGCAAUACUCGUGCUACAGGUAUGCUUCUUCAGUACAAGGGACCAGGGCUGGAGGAAAAACAGAUUAAGUUUACUGCUGGUGAAGAUUUCAGUUCCAACAAGAAGUUAUCUGCUACCUGGUUAGCAGCCAUGCAUAAGGCAGCAAAACUUCUUUAUGAAUCUCGGGACCAAUAACAGUUUCUCUGACUUGAGGGGAAAAGAUCAGCUCUCUGAAUAAGCUUUCUACUACUUGCUAGUUGACACAUGGUAAUACAUACUUGGUAAUAGGGAUUCUCCCUGCCCUUUUCCAAUGCUAAAUGUGGUUCAUCAUGUAAGCACUGGCCAAUUACAAUGUAUUUGCCCUAUAAGUAUUCACUUAUUUAGUGUGCAAUAUGUAUACAGUUUAUUAAUGCUUUAAAUAGAGCCUUGCAUCUAUGACUUUAUUUUGUUAAAUUUUGUCAGCACUUAAUAUGUAAAAUGAAGUGUGACCUGCACUACUGCAAAAUACAUAGCACAACUUUUGUAGUACAGAUUAUGUAUACUGUGUAAUUCAUUUUGAAAAAAGAAACAAACUUUAAUGCUCCAGAGAAUAGCUUUUCAGGUGUGUAGAUCUCAGGUUUUUUUUCCUCAUAUCCAAGUGAUCUAUGAAAUCUGCCUUGGGUAUUAUUUUCUAGGAGCCACUGUUUCUUGUGGUGAGGGUUUGUAUCUUGAGAUUAAACACUUUUUUUUGUAAAAUAAGAUUUACCAAAUACCACAAAUUAUCCUGUUUAAGUCUCUUUUUGAAUGAAGCUUUCAAGCAAGACUGACUUUUGAAGUUUUAUAUUCAUGCUUUGUGGUAAUUCUAGCUUUGGCUAAUAAAAACUUAUUAAACACUA